UAUACCUCGCAGCCUCCCAUUCACUUGGUGGACCUCUUCCCGGCUUCUCCCACGUCACGACUUGCAAUACGCCAACUUUCAUAGACACGAAUUGUGUGCUAUAAAAUCUGGCCUGCAUUUAAGGACUUUGUUGCAAUUUUAGAUAUAUACCCCUCUUCAACAGCAAUCAGUCAUCAUGUCACCCCACAGCGAGGUUUCAUUCAACGGCUCCGAGGCCCCGGUCACCAACGGUACCACCAACGGUCACAACGGUACAAAUGGCACCAACGGUACUACUAACGGCCACAACGGUCAUGUCAACGGCAACGGCGUUGCUCCUACUGCCCGCCAUGGACCCCGCGUUCACAAGGAGAGAUCUCCUUAUCUCGAGUCCGCGGGAGCGGACUCUGAGUUUGACCUCAUCUGUGCUGGCUUCGGCCCCGCAUCUCUGGCUGUAGCCGUCGCUAUGCACGAUGCCAUCGCCGAGGGCAAGAAGCUUCGCCCUGAUGGCGCAGCUCCCAAGGUGCUUUUCCUCGAGAAGCAGACCAAGUUCGCUUGGCACGCCGGUAUGCUGCUCCCUGGAGCCAAGAUGCAAAUCUCCUUCAUCAAGGAUCUGGCCACUCUUCGCAACCCCCGAUCUGAGUUUACUUUCCUUAACUACCUCCACCGUCAGGGUCGUCUCGUUGACUUCACCAACCUGAGCACUUUCCUCCCUGCCCGUACUGAGUACGAGGACUACCUCCGCUGGUGCUCUUCUUGGUUCGACCAUGUUGUGAGCUACAACAACGAGGUUCUCUCUAUCUCCCCCGAGAGCAAGGAGGCUGGUGCCGUCAAGACCUUCACUGUCCAGGCUCGCAACGGCAAGACUGGUCAGGUUCAGUCUUUCCGCAGCCGUCACGUUCUUGUUGCUGCUGGUGGCCAGCCUUCUCUCCCCAAGAGCCUCCCUGCCAAGCACCCUCGUGUCCUGCACUCUUCUCAAUUCGCCAACUACGCCCCUCAAAUCCUAGCCAAGCAGAACGCUCCUUACCGAGUUGCUGUUAUCGGUGCUGGCCAGAGUGCCGCCGAGAUCUUCAACAACGUCCAAAACCUGUACCCCAACUCCAAGACCUACCUCAUCAUGCGUCAGGAGUUCCUGCGCCCCAGUGAUGAUUCUCCAUUCGUCAACUCCAUCUUCAACCCCGAAUACAUUGACAACCUGUGGCCACGAUCUGUCAAGGCUCGUGAGACUCUUCUGACUGAGGCUCGCGCCACCAACUAUGGUGUUGUUCGCCUGGAGCUCAUUGAGCACCUCUUCGAGAAGAUGUACGACCAGAAGCGCGAGAUUAGCGACGAUGAGACCCAAUGGCCCCACAGAAUCCUUUCUGGCCGUGAGAUUGCCAGCGUCGACACCAAGGGCGACGCUCUUGAGAUCAAGGUCCAGCGCGUGAACGAAGGUCCUCUCGAUGGUUUCGUCGACCAGGAGACUUUCGAAGUUGAUCUGAUCGUUGCUGCCACCGGUUACAAGCGAAGCGCUCACGUCGACAUGCUCAAGGACGCCUGGACAAUGCUUCCCAAGACCGUAUCAGGACGCAACGAGUCCCCCAAGGGUGUCAACGGCUGGAACGUCGAGACACAGGAUGGCGAGCGUAAGCUGGCCGUCGGAAGGGAUUACCGAGUCAAGUUCUCCCCUGGCACUGUUGCCGACGAAUCUGGCGUCUGGCUGCAGGGCUGCUGCGAGGGUACUCACGGGCUGAGCGACACCCUUCUCUCCGUCCUGGGCACUCGUUCAGGCGAGAUUGUUCAAUCUAUUUUCAAGCAAUAAAUGUUACGACAGCAUGAAUGAAUGGAUACCUACGUUUGUAAUGGGUUUGCAAGGGCAGCGAAAAUAGCUGACUGGACUGAAAUGAAUAGUCUUGCAGCUUAAGUCUUUUUUUUUUUUUUUUUCACUAUAUCCUCUGUUAUUUAUUAUCUUCAUCGUCAUUUACAGUACAUACUGCAAGUUAGCAGAUAAAAGUUGGAUUUCAGUUAUCUUUCUUGGUGUUCUGUAGAUUUUGUUAGAGCCCCACCACGGCAUUGAAAAAAAAUGUUUAGAAUCUCCAAUUUCCAUUCUCUGUGUAUCAUACAUGUCACAUCUCAGUAUCGCGGUUAUUGUUGACAGGUCGCAACUC